CGCCUCUUGUGUCUCGAGUCAACUUUUCCUGGAAACUCUGCCAUCAGUCCCUCGAACUCAAUUCGCAAAGAUGCCUGGUCGAAUGCUCCCGACGCUGCCAUCCGCAGAGGUCGCGUCGCAUAAUACCGAGAAGUCGUGUUAUGUUACUGUCGGCACAAAAGUCUACGAUAUCACGCCUUUUCUGGAAGACCAUCCGGGCGGAGGUGAUUUGAUACUGCAGUAUGGCGGCAAGGAUGUCAAGGAAGCAAUGGAGGAUGAGAUUUCACACGCGCAUAGCGAAGCAGCCUGGGAGAUUCUCGACGAUUACCUCGUAGGCUUCGUCGCGACGCAGAAAGUGCUCGAUGCCGUGGAGAAGAGCAAUGAUCCGUUCAGCGUGCUACCGAUGGAGCCCAGCGCGAAAGGCAUGAAGGAAUUGGACAAGGCUAGCAAUGGCGCAGCUGCAGAAGUAAGGGCCAGAGACCAGGCUGUUAUGCAUGGAAGCACAGAGGACAAGCCUGUGUACGAGGCAACAGGAAUGAGCUCGGAAGAAGAUUUGAACAAGGAGACCGACGCGAGGAUGGACUACAAGAAACACAAAUUUUUGGACUUGGAAAGACCACUUCUGAUGCAAGUCUUCAACGGCGGCUUCAGCAAGAAGUUCUACCUGGAACAAGUACAUCGGCCACGACAUUACAAGGGCGGCGAGAGCGCACCGCUAUUUGGCAACUUCCUUGAGCCUUUGUCGAAGACACCUUGGUGGAUCGUGCCAACAUUCUGGUGGCCGCCUGUCGCAUACGGGACAUUUCUCGGUGCGCAAUAUUUCAGCCCUCACAUUCUCGUAGCAUACUGGAUCGCUGGACUCUGCAUUUGGACUCUGGUCGAAUAUGUCCUGCAUCGAUGCUUGUUCCAUCUUGACGACCACCUACCAGACAACCGAUAUGCCAUUACCUUGCACUUCCUGCUUCAUGGCAUCCACCACUACCUACCCAUGGACCGCUUACGGCUUGUAAUGCCACCCACUUUGUUCCUGGUUCUGGCGACACCAUUUUGGAAAUUGGCACACACAGUCUUCUUCUAUGACUGGUAUGCAGCAGUCGCUGUUUUCUGUGGAGGCAUUUUUGGAUACACAUGCUACGACAUGACCCAUUACUUCCUGCACCACAAGAACCUGCCCGCAUACUACCGUGAGUUGAAGAGGUACCAUCUCCAACAUCAUUUCAUGGAUUACGAGAAUGGCUUUGGCGUCACCAGUCGCUUCUGGGACAGGGUAUUCAAGACGGAACUGGCGCCUCCACCAGCGCCCAAGGUUCUCAAAACUAACUAGACAUGGAUUCUAUCGAGCACAGAAGACAGCAUAGCAUGGCAUCGCGUUAGAAGCAUUGAAGACGGCGUUGCAGGGCAGAAGAUACCAACACAGCGAAUACUGAUUGUACAUAGAUUUAUCUGUAGAUAAUGAUAAUCACCAAUGGAAGAAUCGACCAAGUGCAAGGUG